GCAGCCGGGUCUCGGGGGGGGCCCCCACAUCUGAGCCGCCCGUUUGCUCUAGGGAAACCCGCCGCCCCUGGAGCCCCCCCGGAAACCACAUGAGACGCUGAGAAGGCUCCAGCGCUGGUUUAAAGCAACCUUUCAAGUUUGGGAGAUGGCAAUGCUCAUGGUAAUUGCCUGUGUGGUAGGUGACUAAAGACAAAGAGAAGGAAAGAAGAGCAUGCAGAUGACAGGGGCAGAAACAACUCCUUCAACUGUCCUGUUAGUGACCUCUGCUGCAGAUACUCUUCUGGAGAGUUUAGUGGGAAACUGAAAAGACUGAGCUUUUCCUUGUCACUUAGGCUGAAUCCCUCUUUGGUCUCUCUUCAAAUAUCCCAGGCAUUAGCAAUCAGCACUGUUCGCCCUCCAAAGGGGCACAUGGGACGCAAGGCAGGAGGAGGUGGCAGAAGAGGUGUUGCACUCCCAGAGCGGAUCCUUGGACACUAGCAGACCCGAGGAUAUUUCAUCCCCGGCAGCGUUACCCUAGGUGCUACGAGGUGGGCCAGCACGGCCUCUGACCGCAGCACGCACCUUCUCUCCCCUGCCGCCCCAGGGACGAGAUGGCUGCCUUCGUUACUGAAAACUUCCGUUUCCUUUCCCUAUUCUUCAAGAGUAAAGAUGUGAUGAUUUUUAACGGCCUGGUGGCCCUGGGCACAGUGGGCAGCGAGGAACUUUUCUCAGUUGUGGCCUUCCACUGCCCCUGCUCCCCAGCCCGCAAUUACAUCUACGGCCUAGCUGCCAUCGGUGUCCCAGCCCUGGCGCUCUUCCUCAUCGGCGUCAUCUGGAACAACCACACCUGGAACGUGGUGGCCGAGUGCCACAAGCGAGGCACUAAGAACUUCUCUGCUGCGGCCACCUUCCUCCUCUUCGGCUCCAUCAUGGGCCGGGCUGCCGUGGCGCCCGUCACCUGGUCGGUCAUCUCGCUGCUCCGCGGGGAGGCCUACAUCUGCGCCCUCAGCGAGUUCGUCAAGCCCGCCUCCCUGGAUAAGUUUCCAGCUGAGUAUGGGGCCGAGGCCCUGGCCAGGUUCCCCUGUAAAGACAUCCCAGCAAACCUGACCAGGUUUAGGGAUGAAGUGACCAGGAGGCUGAGAUACGAGUCCCAGCUCUUCGGCUGGCUGCUCAUCGGGAUAGUUGCAGUCCUGAUUUUCCUCACCAAGUGCCUGAAGCAUUGCUGCUCCCCGCUGAGCUACCGGCAGGAGGCCUACUGGGACCAGUACCGCUCCAACGAGGACAAGCUCUUCCGCCGCACAGCAGAGGUCCACUCCAGGGUCCUGGCGGCCGAGAACGUGAAGCACUUCUUUGGCUUCGUGGCGCUGGACAAGGAAGAGAAGGAGCUGGUGCAGGAGUUUCCCGUGGAGGGCGUCCAGCCAAGCCCCCAGUGGAACGCCAUCACUGGAGUCUACAUCUAUAGGGAAAACAAGGGCUUCCCUCUCUACAGCCGGCUCCAUAAAUGGGCCAAAGGGGUGGAAGGCAAUGGGCCAGCCCCCGAAGGCCACGAAAUGCUCUUUUUGGCUUCCUAAGACAGGCAGGCGCUGGGACCAGUUCCCUAAACCACCUGAUUAGCCUAUCAGUAUCGGUGUGUGGCUGACUGUUUCAUUAGGAAUAUUCUUCCCAGCAGGAUUAUUUCCAUCUGCGGCUGAAAAGCGAUUAACAGCCUCAAGGUGGAGAGUGAUAAGCAAUUCACUAAGCUGGGGAACCCCUCCCUUGGAGACAACCAUCUUGCUGCUUCUCUCGGAGAGAUGAUUGGAGCAAAGAGCAGACGUGCACCUUACCUUCGGGCUGCCGGUGCGCCCUGCUGUCUACUGCACCAGCAGAAACCUCAGGGGAGUGAAAGGUGGGCACAAUUCAUUUUUAACUAUGACUGCUGCAAGUCCCACUUGUCUCCUCCAAAGCAGAGUUAGCAUCAGCUCAUCCCACACACCUGCUUGUUUUUCUGACACCAGUAUCUUAUUACAUGGUUUUGCAGUGCCUGUUAUGCAGAGCACUUUGUACAGACUGCACAGUGCAGGGAGAGAGGGAAGCAGUAGAUAAAUUCCUGUGGCAACUGGGAUGCAAUUGCAUCUGGGAAGGAAUGGGUCAGUAACACACCAACACACCGAAUAUCUGAGAGACUAAGGCAGGAGGAACCACUGAAAUUCCCAGUAUUUAGAGAGACACUCUGUAAUUGCCAAGCUGGAAUUUGGGUAGGACACCAAACUCCCUUUGUUCUUACUGGAAGUGCCUUAGAAUUUUAAAAGAGUCCAAACGGUGACAACUAUGAGUUUACAAACCUGGAAGUCAGCACCAUCAGCAGAACAGCUCUCAGCCGAGCUAGCUGGUGGAGGCUCAGAGGGAACAGCACUUGGAGUGAACCACACCGUUGUCUGUAGCUCACUGAAUUUCUCAUCCAACCACUGACGAGGUCCCAGUUGGGUUGCGAGUUGUAGCAAGAUCCCAACUGGAUUCAGUUAUAUACAUGUAACUAUACCAUAUAAGCAUGGUUCUUUGGCCAUAAGAAUGAAGCAUCUUUCUCCCAAGGAACGAGAUCAGAAACUUGCUAGCCAAAAGACGACAUUACGUGCACCUCUCUGCUAUGCAGACACUGCAACCCUGCAGUGACAAGGAUCAGUGGGAAUGGGAUGGGGGGAGCAGCCCUCUCCCUAGCCCUCCACCACUGAACUUCCUUAAACUCCUUCCAUUGCCUUAAGUGGUCCCUGCAGCAGACAGUCUGUUUUAGGGACUCAGCUGUACUCUGAAAGUGAGGCUAGAGAGGUAUAAAACUACGGCUCUCACUGUGCCGUUGUGCUGACUGAGACUUCAAGGCUGUUCCUGUGGCACUGCAGUCUCCUGCCCCUAAAGGUCAACCUUGUUUUACCAAUACCCUUUUUCAGAGCUGGCAGAACAAUGCAGUUUGGUUUUCCUCUUCGUACUGUUUCUUUAUAGAUAAAGCUUCCUUUAGUUUUAUACUGUGCCUUCUGCUGAAAAGCCUUAAAUUGUUCAAAAAGCAUGACUCAACCCCACUGAACUCAGAUGGGCUUAAACACGGGGAGAUUUGAAAUAAAUUCUUAAAUGAGAAUCCUU